UACGGUACUAUAAUGUGACGUCACAGAUCCGCCAGCAGACACCGCUAGCCCUGUGAUAGUGUGGGCAUCUUGGUGUUAUUAGGAAAUGUUAUUUUAGUUAUGGCCGAAUUUUUUAAGUCAGCACUGGGAAUUUUAGGGGGCGGUCAAGCCAGAGAUGGUAACGAAUUCGUUGGACAAACUGUUGAGCUAGGUAACCAAAAACUGAGAGUCAGACGUCUCAUUGCUGAAGGUGGUUUUGCUUACGUGUUUGUGGCACAGGAUGUUAACAGUGGGAAAGAUUAUGCACUCAAGAGACUUCUCGCUAAUGAUGAAGAAAAAGCCAAGGCUGUGAUGACCGAGAUAAAAUUUUUGAAAAAACUAUCAGGACACCCAAACAUAAUCCAGUUUUUAACUGCAGCCUCCAUUCCAAGAGACCAAUCAGACCAUGGUCAGGCAGAGUUUUUGUUACUGACAGAGCUAUGUACUGGUGGACAGUUAGUGGACAUACUAAAGACUCAAGCUGGCCCAUUAUCACCUGACAUUGUGCUGAAGGUGUUCUAUCAGACCUGUCGUGCUGUACAGCAUAUGCAUCAUCAAAAGCCCCCUAUUAUCCACCGUGAUCUUAAGGUAGAGAACCUUUUGCUGAGUGACUCUGGCAUGAUUAAGCUUUGUGACUUUGGAUCGGCCACCACUGAAACAUACAGUCCUGAUUCCUCCUGGUCAGCCAUACAGCGCAGUCUUGUGGAGGAUGAGCUUGCAAAAAAUACAACACCUAUGUACAGAGCACCUGAAAUGCUGGAUUUGUAUCAGAAUUUUCCAAUCAAUGAAGCUGGUGAUAUUUGGGCUCUUGGUUGUGUCCUCUUCAUGCUUUGUUUUGGUGAACAUCCAUUUGAAGACUCUGCCAAGCUAAGAAUAAUCAAUGGAAAGUACAGCAUUCCAGAAUCAGAUUCACAGUACACAGUCUUCCAUGACCUCAUAAUGGGAAUGUUGAAAGUGAAUCCUGUAGAGCGUCCUAACAUAAGUGAUGUCAUAGAUAGACUACAUGAGAUUUCCGAAGCCAAAGGAGUCGGCUUACGGGAACCAUUGUCUUUCAGAGGGGAAAUGCCAGGUACACUGGCAGACACCCAAGAAAGACGAUCCUACAACAACAGCCCAGCUCAUGGUUACUCUGUAGCUGGAGCUGGAGGUUUUGGUGAUGGGGGUGGUUCAGGGCUCCAGGCCAGCGCUGCUAGCUCAGCCUCAGCCAUCUUUAGCUCUAUUAAAGGGAGUGCUGGCAACUUGGUCAAAAACAUUCGUGAUGCUUCAACCAAGGUCAUGGACACCGUUUCUGCGACCAUGAACAAGACUGAUUUAGAUAUUUCAUACAUAACUACAAGACUUGCUGUGAUGUCAUAUCCUGCUGAAGGCGUUGAGUCAGCCAUAAAAAACCACAUAGAUGACGUUCGUACCUUCUUAGAAUCUCGUCACAAAGGGUGUUACGCUGUAUACAAUCUCUGCCAAAGGAGCUACCGUGCAGCAAAGUUUGAAAACAGAGUGUCAGAGUGUGGCUGGGUACAGGGCAAGGCACCAACCCUGACCUUGCUUUUUGCUGUAUGCAAGAACAUGCACUUGUGGCUGCGGCAGAAUCCCAAGAACAUAUGUGUUGUUCAUUGUUUAGAUGGAAAAGCAAACUCAGCCACAGUAGUUGGAGCAUUUCUGGUAUUCUGUCACCUGGUGGACAACGCAACAGCUGCCAUGCACAUCUUCUCUGCCAGGAGGUCCUUGCCUGGCAUCACUCCAUCCCAAAAACGGUAUAUUGACUACAUUGGUCAAAUGGUGGCAGACAAACCAGUGCAACCACAUCAACGCCCAGUUCUUAUCAAAACCAUCAACCUGUCUCCAGUUCCCCUGUUCAACAAAAUGAAGAAUGGGUGUACACCAUUUGCUGAGAUAUACGUUGGUGAAGAACGAGUGGCCACCACAUCCUUGGAAUAUGAAAAGAUGAGGCAGUACAACAUAGGUGAUCGGCAAGUGAAAAUUCCUCUCAACAUCUCUGCAUCGGGUGACAUUACUGUUGUGCUUUACCAUGCUCGUUCAACAUUUGGUGGCAAGAUACAGGGCAAGAUCACAUCCAUGAAGAUGUUUCAGCUACAGUUUCACUCAGGCUUUGUUCAAGAUGGAACAACAUCCCUUAAGUUCACUCAAUUUGAGCUUGAUCACCUUGACACACCUGACAAAUACCCAGAGCUGUUUCAUGUCAGCAUGGAUAUAAUGGUAGCCCCAGUGGCACGUCAAGCCACUGACAAACGCUACCCAUGGGAAAACUUCAGCACCGAGAAGCUAGGGCCUCGAAUUCUCUUCUCUAGCAAAAAUGAGCUGCACAGUGUCAUUGCAGAGUUUGGUGUGUCAGAGCGGGCCAAUAGUAGGCUGAGUAAUGCAUCAAGUAGGGACUCAGACGUUCCAGACAGUCCUAAGGCCACGCCUACCAGACAUCCCAAGCCAGAAGCUGCAUCUAAUGGCCAGGGCAAGGCACACUUCUUUGACACUCUUGAAUGGAAUGAAGAAGGCCUCUCAGCACAGGAGGGAGCAGCUCCUGCCAUAAGAACAGAACAGCAGGUUGCUCUCCUAGAUGAUGAGUCGGGCGAUGAGGAUGAUUUUUCAGCGCUUUCCAGAGACCGCGCCGGUAGCAAUAAUGGCAACCCUCCAACAGCGUCCAAGCCACCAGCAUCAGGAGCAGACUUUUUCUCUGAUGAAUUUGACUUUCAGAGCAAAGCAGGCCAUGGAGGCAGUGCCAGCUACUUUGACGCAGACUUUGGGGAACCUGAAGCUAGCAGUGGAGAAAAUGGCAGGGCAGAGAAGAACACUGUGGAUGUAGACUUGCUUAACAUCAACAACAACAUCAAUGGCAGCGUGCAGCCAGAUGUUGUAGCAGAUCAGAUUGACUCGCUUGAUCUUGGGGCUCCAAGAAGAGGAGACAGAAAUGAGGCACUCAGUAAUGUUGACCUGCUUGUUGGCGGUGUCAGUAUCGAACCAGUCCCUGCAAGAGCUUCUGGGUUGGGGAAACAGCCAGACCUAAUGGGAAGCCUGGGAGAGGAGACAUUUGAUCCAUUUCAGCAGUUUUCCUCACCUGAUGCUUCUGUGUCAACAGCCAGCAAUCAGAACACAUUUAGCCCAUUCCAGAACACACAGGUAGUGUUCAGUAAGAAUAUACAAAGUAAAUCUUUUUGGCUCGUGGAAUGCCAGCAACAUUCAGCAGAGUGGAGGGGCCAACAGCAACAUCUUCCGGCAGCAAAAUUCAGGCAGCCCAAGCUUGGUGUUCCAAUGGGAAUGCACAAGAGUGCCAGUACUGGCUCUGGUAUGAAUAUGGGUUUGGACAGCAGCCUGCUCUCUCCUGCUGGUCGCGGCAUGACCAGCUCCCAAAGCCAGAGCAGCUCGCUUGCAGGAUUGGGGCCAGUGCCAAAAUCUGACCCUUUUGCCGAGCUAAGUGGUUUGGGAAAGACCUCGUUUAAAGGUGCUUCUGUUCCUAAACCUCAGCAGCCUCCCCAGACACGACCAUCUGUAAACCAGCCAGCCCAAGGACGGACACAAGGAGCACCAGGUCAACAACAGCAACAACCACAGCAGCAACGCCCUAACUACAAUGUGUCUGGCUUCAGCAGCCCUGGACCUCACAAAGCCACAGCUGGAGGCAGUGUUAUAGGCAGCAGAGAGGAGCGGGGACUUCGCAGAAAUUUUGGUCCACGUCCAAAGGUAUCUGAGAAUGAUUUUAAGGAUCUGCUUGGGCAGCACAGCUUCACAUCAAAGAAAGAUGCAGAACCCAAAACCAUUGCCGACAUGCGGAGAAAACAACUGGAAGAAGAUACAGACCCAGACAAGCUUAAGGUGAUGGAGUGGACUCAAGGCAAAGAGAAGAACAUCCGAGCUUUGCUGUGCUCCAUGCACAAAGUAUUAUGGGAUGGAGAGACACGCUGGAAACCCGUUGGUAUGCAUGACCUAGUCUCUGCUGACCAGGUCAAGAAAGUGUACCGCAAGGCAGUCUUGUCCGUUCACCCAGAUAAGUUGACAGGCAACCCCCACGAAGGUUUGGCCAAGAUGAUCUUCAUGGAGCUAAAUGAUGCAUGGGCCAAGUUUGAAGAUGAAGGCAUGAAGAGUUUGUAUCAGUGAUGAAGAGACUGGCUUCUGAUGCUCUUGUUCAUCAGAGGCAAGACAAACACUAGUCUUUUACUUAACACUCGCCAACACCACAGUCAAGGAUGGACAACAGCUCACUUUCUUUUCUGCAGUAGCUAGCAUUUAAGUGUCCAACACUAAGUAGACUAUUUUUUUUUAAUAGAGGGAAUGGGAAAAGUUUACUGGUAUGAAUUUGUGUGUAUGUGUGGUGGUGCUGUAGCAACAGAGAGAUGAGAUUGUGAUAUGACACUGUUACUUUUAGUCGCUGUUGGCAUGCCACAUUGCAAUAAUUAAGGAAAAGUGGGAUGGAUCAUUGCGGUGUGCAUAUGCCUGUCUACAUAUGUAUGUAUAUGCAUGGGUGUGUUUUUACAUGUGUGAAUGUGCUUAUUAUUAUUCAUUACAUUCUGAAAAAUACCAAGAGACAUGACUUUUACAUGUGACAGUAAAUAUGCAGUAACAUGAAUGUUUAGAAAAUAAAUGGUCAUUUACUUUCUAUUACGUUGUGUUCAUACUUUGUGUUGUAAGCCCAAGAACAUUUUCUUGCAAGUGUCAUGGACUUCUCUUUGACAGCAGUUUACUAAAUCCCUUAACAAUGGUUUUUUUUCUUAAAAACAAUAUUUCUUUCUUGGAGACUGCAAAUUCAAAGCAGAAUCUCUUGGUCAUUUUGUUCCUAUAGACAUAGAUAUCUUGUGCUUAUUUGUCUCAUCAUAUUGCACUGGUUUGGCAAUGUAAACCAAAUAUAACACAGCAAAAGCAAGCUGAGUAAGGAAAUUUUGUUAGCAGUGAUAUAAUUUUGUUAGAGCAGUCAAUUUCCCAGUGUUUUUGUUUAAAAGACUUAAGAAAAAUGGAAUGACAUUUUUCACCUUUCAUUUUGCAGUUGACCUGUAAAUACUGAUUGUUGUAUGAUUUUUUGUUUUUUGUAUAUCAUGUUCAACAUCUAGGUUGUGCUUGAAGAAAACUUCAAAAACUAGGAACAAGAAAGACAAACUUCUUUUUUUUUUAGAAUGAGAAAAUAUUAUACAAAUUUGGUUUUAUUUAUACAUUACAUUAAACCUCUAUAUAGCCCUCUACAUGUGAUCUUUUAUUACUGUACACAAAAUAAUUGGGCACAGCCAUAACUUUUGAUCCUGAGAUGUUGGAACGAUUGCUACAUGGUUGUACUUAACAUAAGUUGAUUUUCUGGUAUUUUUUCUUUGUUUGGCAUUCCAAUAACUUUCAAAAUAUAUGACAUGCUUGUGAACACAGAUGAAGAUCAUGAAAACAUUCCUUCCACCUUACCAUUAUAGGAGGCAAGUGGGUGCUGUCUAAUGCACGUGAAUUUUUCUUUUUUUGCACCCACUUGUCUAUCUGCAACUGUGUGUAAAAAUGACCACGAUCAUUAAAAGUGCACAAGAAGUAGAGAGGUAUUGUUAAAGUUAGCUGAAAAAUGGGACCCUUGUGGUGCCAUUGUUCCCCCCCCCCAAUCAUGUCCAUAGAAUAGAAAAAAUGUUGAAUUUCAUGUGCAUCUUGAUCAAUAUUGAUUAUGUUAUCAGAGACAUCAGUGUCUGGAACAAAAUUGUCCUUCGAAAAUGAUAAAUGAACCAUGAUAGUGUUCACUUCAAAGUGCUUAUGAAAGGAAUAUCAGUGUUUAUAGAAACUUUGUAGUUUUGUAGUAAUGGUAAUGCAUCUGGAGAUUGUGGGAAAAUAUAGAUUUUACAAUAGAUGAUUAUAGACCAUCAUUUCUUACUGAUCCAGCAGUGACUGGCUAGCAUUUCGUGCCAACACUUCGAACAGCAUAGACAAUCGAAUGUUUGUUGAAGCAGUGGUGAAGCACACAAAUGAUGUGCAUGCAAGCAGUGAAAAUGCUAAAAAUAUUUAUCAUUUUGAGAGGAAGUAUCACCUUUGUUAUUGGCACGGAAUAAAACGCAAACCAAAAAAAAAGAAUAAAUAAAAAAAAAACAACCUCCCACCCUUGCUGUCUGCUGCGUGAAACGGGGGCAUAGGCAGAUAGUGCAUUUUCCCCAACUCCAGAUCAGCAUGGGAGGCUUUGCUGAUAUCAUCAAUGGACCUAUUUUCUGCUCUGCACUAACCAUUGUAAAUACACAUAGCACUUAGAUCCUAAUGAAAGCCAGGUCACAUAUCAAGAUGUCAACAAGUCGCUAUCAUUGCAACAUAUACUGAUUAUUAGAGAUGUCAAAGUUUGACAAAACAUCUUUGAAAAUAUUCAGAAAUUGAAGAUUUUGAUACUUCAGUGUGAAGUUCUGCAAAGUUUAUCAGUGUUUUAUGUGCCAGCUUAAACUCAAGUUAAAAAUAUGUGUAGUAAACCAACCUUGGAAUAAAAAUGUGGCAUGUCCGAAGUGACCAGGUGGUUAUAAUCUAAAUCUCUCCAGGGUCAAGGAGAGGAGUGCUUCAGAUAGACUAUGUACUAUAGACUUACAAGAUAGUGUUGUAUUUAGAUCUUGUAGUACCAUCAUUUUGGUGACCAAAAAAAAAAA